GCCUUGUGUUUGACUAAUAUGAUUGUACGACAUAGAAACCGUAGCCAAUUAGAGGAAGAAUAAUAUUCUACACCAAGGAUAUUGCUAUAUAAUGGUGUAACUUUGGCAACAAAACAAACAAAAACAUAUGGAGAAGCACAAAUUCUUAUUGAUUCUUCUCUUUCUACUUCAAUAUUUCUCUGUUUUUGUAUCAGCUGCACCCUCAAAUGAGACGGACCAAGAAGCUCUACUAGCUUUCCAAAAUCUUAUCAUAAGUCCCAAUCAAUUUUUGGCCCAUAAUUGGACCAAGAAUGCGUCUUUUUGCUCUUGGUUCGGUGUCACGUGCAGUUCAAAAAGGGAAAGGGUUGUGGCCUUGACUCUUCCUAAUAUGCAACUCCAAGGCACAAUUUCCCCGUCUUUGGCCAAUCUGUCCUUUCUCAGUGUUCUCAAACUCGAGAACAACUUAUUCCAUGGUGGCAUCCCUUAUGGACUUGGACAAUUGCCUCGCUUACGUGUGAUUGAUGUUAAAAACAAUCAACAAGAAGGAAGUAUUCCAACAAGUCUAUUUCAACACCGAAGAGUUGAAGUAAUUUCAUUGUCUUUCAAUAAGCUCAGUGGUGAAAUGUGGAAAGGGCCAUGGUAUGUACCCGAACUUAGGGUCUUAAAUCUCAGAAACAAUAGCCUCACGGGUAUAAUCCCUCCUUAUAUUGGAAAUGCCACAAAAUUGAUGAACUUCAGUUUGUCUGGGAAUAGAAUCAAUGGUAACAUUCCAAAUGAAAUUGGUAAUCUAAGCCAACUUGCAUUGUUGUCCUUAUUUGAUAAUCAAUUAACAGGUUCAAUUCCUAGAUCACUGUUUAAUAUCUCAUCAUUAGUGUCCAUAACUCUGGCAAUGAAUAGCCUUUCUGGUCCUCUCUUGCUUGAUGAAGGAAUUUUUUUAUCAAAUCUGAAGGGUUUAAGUAUAUCUUUCAACCAAAUUUCUGGUUGCAUUCCUUCCAACAUCUGUCAACUCAUACAACUUAAAAUACUGUCCAUUAGUUCCAACAACAUAACUGGAGAAAUACCCAUAAAUAUUGGUUGUUUAUCGAAGCUCGAGAACUUUUAUAUAGGUAAGAAUCCAAUAACAGGGACUAUUCCCACUUCAUUGGGAAAUAUUUCCACUCUACAAAAUCUUUACUGUGAAAGAAAUAGCUUGGAGGGGCCAAUUCCUCCAGAAUUGGGGAAACUAUCAAAUUUGAUAGAAUUAGAUUUUGAAUUAAAUUAUAAUCUUAUAGGUCAGAUUCCAGAGGAUAUUUUUAAUAUAUCUUCUUUGAAAUACAUUGCAUUAACUUCGAACAAACUCUCGGGAAGAAUUCCAACCUCUACUGGUCUUCAUCUUCCGAACCUCUUAGAACUUCACUUGUCAGGCAAUGAGCUCGAAGGGGAAAUUCCUCCGCACAUCACAAAUGCUUCCAAGCUUGAAGCUUUGGGGCUAGCAAGCAACUUCUUCAGUGGCAGUAUUCCAACUAAUUGGGGAAAUCUUCGUGAUCUAUGGCUUCUUUUCCUACAUGAUAAUCAGCUUACCAGUGAACAUGAGUUGCCAUUCUUCCAAUCUUUGACAGACUGUAGGAUGUUGCAAUCUUUAGAUGUGGGUUACAAUCCGUUGAACAGCGUUCUGCCUAAUUCAAUUGGGAAUCUUUCAUCUACUAUUGAAUUAUUUGACAUAAGCGAUGCUCAUAUCAAUGGCCUCAUCCCCACAAGUAUAGGCAACAUGAGCGGUCUUACAACCUUAGUCUUUCAAGCUAAUUUCUUUACAGGAAAUAUUCCUCCUGAGUUUGGUAAACUUAAACAACUCCAAGGGCUGUAUCUAAAUAACAAUAAAUUGCAGGGACAGAUUCCAGAGGCAGUAUGCAGUUUAUCUAAUUUGGAUCGAUUAUAUCUGGAAGGUAAUGAGCUCUUUGGGUUAAUUCCAGCAUGUAUAGGAAAUCUUAGCAUGCUACAACAUCUUUAUUUGGGUUCUAAUAAAUUUUCAUCAAAUUUGCCCUUGAGCCUUUGGAAAAUGAGUGGUCUUCUCAUUCUAAACGUUUCACAAAAUUCUAUAGACGGAGAAGUUCCAUCAGAUAUUGGAGGAAUGAAAGCCAUUUUAGAACUAGAUCUUUCCGGUAACCACUUUUUAGGAAAGAUACCAAACAAUUUGGGGGACCUCCAAAACCUGCAGUCUCUUGACCUAUCGAACAAUUCAUUUUUUGGCCAAAUUCCAUUAUCCUUUGCUAACUUGAUAAGCUUGGAAUUCUUGGAUUUAUCUUCAAAUGCAUUGUCAGGUACUAUUCCUAUGUCAUUGGAAAAACUCCCGUACCUAAAAAGCAUUAAUGUUUCAUUUAAUCAUUUAGAAGGUGAAAUACCGAGUGGUGGUGUAUUUGCGAAUUCCACUGUGCAAUCUUUUCUUAGGAACAGAGGUCUAUGUGGAGUGCACAUAGCGGAGAUUCCUGCUUGUGCUAUCACUAAUCCUGGAAAACAAUCAAAGUCUAAGGAUCUUGUGCUGAAAAUUGUUACUCCAGUGGUUAUUUCAUCAUUUAUGAUAUUCUUGUUGGUCUCAACUUGGAUAAUGAAACGACAGAAGAAAGCAAAGUCUAAAGAUAUUGAAAAGGUACCCGAGAUCAAGACUUAUCAAUUAAUUUCCUAUCAUGAGAUUCGACGAGCAACAAAUAAUUUUGAUGGAUCAAAUUUGAUUGGUGUGGGAGGUUCUGGCUCUGUGUACAAGGGCACAUUAUCUAGUGGAAUUGUGGUUGCAAUAAAGGUUCUGAAUUUGGAAAAUGAGCAAGUAUGCAAGAGGUUUGAUACAGAAUGUGAAGUGAUGAGAAAUGUUAGGCACAGAAAUCUUGUUUCGGUGAUUACUACUUGUUCCAGUGAUCAUAUAAGAGCCUUUGUUCUGCAAUUUAUGCCCAAUGGAAAUCUUGAUAAUUGGUUGUACAGAGAAGAUCGCCACUUGAACCUUCUUCAAAGAAUCAUCGUAAUGCUUGAUGUGGCUUUGGCAAUUGAUUAUCUACACCAUGGUCAUGAUACUCCGAUUGUUCAUUGCGACCUAAAGCCAGCCAAUGUUCUUUUGGAUGAAGAUAUGGUGGCUCAUGUUGGUGAUUUUGGCAUCUCUAAAAUUUUAGCUGUAAGCAAGUCUGUGGCACACACGGAGACAUUGGGCACUCUUGGUUAUAUUGCACCAGAAUACGGCUCGGAGGGAAUAGUGUCUGUUAGUGGUGAUGUUUAUAGCUAUGGCAUCAUGCUAAUGGAGGUUUUGACAAAAAGAAGGCCAACUGAUGAAGAGAUAUUCAAUGAAAAUCUUGGCUUGAGGGAGUGGAUAAGGCGAGCAUUUCCAAGAACUAUGAUGGAAGUCGUGGAUGCCAAUCUUUUUCCUGAGGAAGAACAAAUUACUUCCAAAUGUGAAAUCUGCACAGCCUCCAUGAUAGAAUUGGCUUUAGAUUGCACAAAGGAAACGCCAGAAUCAAGGAUAACCAUGAAAGAUGUAGUCAAGAGGCUUAACAAAAUCAAGAACGCAUUUUUGGAAAUGUAAAAGUUAGCAUCUCUUACGGUGGUGUUCUUUCUUAGCUGCAAGUUAAUAUGUUGCUUUUCAGUUACCUGUUUUCUGAGUCAUGUACUGUUUGUACUUCAUAGUGUUGCAUUUCCCUCAUUUUGUGAUUUCAGAUUUGAGUGGUUUCAGAAUUAAAUGAAGAAAUAUUAUGAAUGUGUAUAGUU